AUGACGACAGCAAAGCUACCGGACGGAUGGACAGGUCUGCAUUACGCGUGUAGAGGAGGUUAUGACAAGGUUGUGGAGCUGCUCAUCAAGAACGGUGCUGAUAUCAAUGUGACUAACGUGGGAGAGGGAGACACAGGUCUGCAUAAAGCGUGUUGGAGAGGUUUUGACAAGGUUGUGGAGAUGCUCAUCAAGAAUGGAGCUGAUAUCAAUGUGACUAACCGGCGAGGAUGGACAGGUCUGCAUUACGCGUGUGAAGGAGGUCAUGACGAGAUUGUGGAGCUGCUCAUCAAGAACGGAGCUGACCUCAAUGUGACUAAAGCGGACGGAUGGACAGGUCUGCAUUACGCGUGUUGGACAGGUCAUGACAAGGUUUUGGAACUGCUCAUCAAGAACGGAGCUGAUCUCAAUGUGACUAGCGCGUACGGAGACACUUGUCUGCAUGAAGCGUGUAGAGAAGGUCAUGACAAGGUUGUGGAGCUGCUAAUCAAGAUCGGAGCUGCUCUCAAUGUGACUAACAGGAAUGGAGACACAGGUCUGCAUUACGCGUGUUUGAGAGGUCAUGACAAGAUUGUGGAGCUGCUUAUCAAGAACGGAGCUGAUCUCAAUGUGACUAACAGGAAAAACAAGCGCCCGGUUGACGUUGCUGCAGGACUGGGCAGAGAUACACAGUUAUUGCUGGAGACAGAAACACGGAGGCAGGUGGAGUACAGCGAGCUGGUCUCUUCCGUGGGGUCUGAGGAGGGGACAACAGUCAAACUGUUUCUCUGUGGAGACGGGCAGGUCGGAAAAACAUCUUUGCGAGUGAUUCUGAAAAAGACAGGCCUUAUCGUGGGUGCUCUCUGGAAAAUCAGGAGGAAGUUCAGAAGACAAGACGUCUUUAACCCCACCCCGGGGGUGCACGUAUCCAGUAAAACCGUGCGGGGAAUCGGGAGACUCAGUCUGCAUGACUUCGCAGGACAGGCGCAGUUCUACGUCACACACGCCAUGCUGCUCCGCACCACUAACGCCAUCUUCCCGGUCGUCUACAAAAUCAUAGAUGGGGAGGAGGAACAAAAACGGCAGAUCCACGGCUGGUUGAGUUUCAUCCACUGCAGUAACACAGAUCCCACCAACAAACCCCGGAUUGUCCUGAUCGCCAGUCAUGCGGACAAGCUACAGGGCCACGAAGCAGGUCGGCGCCAAGCCACAGCUCUAGUGGAGCACUACAGGAAACUGUUCCAGGAGUCACUGAUUGUGUCAUCGGAGGUGUUCCUCAUCAACUGCCUCGAGGCGGGGUCUGCUGAGAUACAGCGGCUGCGAGAAGUGCUGGCAGCAUACAGAGACGACAUACUGAAGCAAAGACCACGUGUUCCUAAAGUCUGCGUUCAGUUAUCCGAGACCAUUGAAGGUUGGAGAGAAGAGAGAAAGACGUUCCCAGUGAUGGGAUGGCAGGACUACCUGAAAACUGUCAGGCAGGCAUCGUCUGAGAACCUUCAGGAACGUAUCGUACAGCUGGCUUCAUCGUACCUACAUGAUGAGGGAGAGAUCAUCUACCUUCACCGCGAAGCCGACUCGUCAGUAGUACUGGACCCCCAGUGGUUGUUCACAUCCAUUUUCGGACACCUGCUUGCUCCGGACAACUUCCCUAUCGUCAAGAUCGCGCGAACUGCCGAGGACCACGUCACCCUUGAGGAGCUCACCCGUGUCUUCAGUGCCGUUGCCGACAUCCCUCUCCUGAUCAAACUCCUGCAGGAAUUCCAGCUCUGCCACACGUACGGCGGUCGCACCUUCAUCCUCCCUAGCCUGCUGCAGCAGGAGAUUGAAGAGGCGGCGUGGUCUCCUGUGUCCAGCAAGGCUGUCUACUUCGGUCUGCAGAUCCGAGGCCGCACGGAGAUCGACAGCUUCUCGUGCGACCUGUUCCCGCGGCUGCAGACGCUGCUGAUGCAGGCGCACCCGAAAAAGCUCAGCCGGCCUCGCCUGUGGAAGAACAGCGCCAAAUGUACCGACGGGAAGGCCGAAGCGCUGCUGCAGAUCACAACGGAUAAGAGGCAGCUCAACAUCGUCGUCAGGAGCAACGAUGGCAACAGGGAGGACUGCAACUCCAUCAUGGACCUCCUGAAGGACAUGACGUACCGCCUGCUGCACGAGACCAGCCCCGGAGCCAGGUCACGGGACAUGGUGCUCAGCGCCCUGGACCUCCGGGAACACAGACCGCAGCCUCACGCCUACAGCAGGGAAGAGGUGGAGGCGGCGGCAGCAAAGGGUGGGAACCUCGUCCAUCCUCAGAGGAAAGUUCCGGAGAAGGUCAAGGAUCUAUUGCUGCAUCUCGGCAGCCUGAAAGGCAUGCUGGGCCGGGUAGCCCAGAAGAGGCCGGAGCUGGUGGAGACCUUACGUCACAUCAACCCCAUCCUGGACCACCUCCGCGCUGAUGACGUCAUCAACCUGGACGAGAACGACCGCAUCCGGGCUGCCAAGACUCCCCAGGAUGCAGCGCGCGAGCUGCUGGACAUUCUGGAGGCCAAAGGUGAAAGGACAUGUGUCAAGUUCCACUCAGUCCUGAAAACAUGUGAUAAGUUUGCUGCGAGCCUCAUAGUGGAGGAAGAAAUGUCUGAGGAGGGGGCUACAGCAAGUUAGAUUGGCAUUCAAUAACAGAACCUUUGUGAUGAGAAAUUUUGUUAUUAGCCGUUCGUUAUUUGCCUAUACUGAAAUGAAGAAACAAGAUAAGAAUUCUUAAUUAGACAUACGUUAUUAUCAUAUACGGAAAUGAAUAAAAAAAAAAUCCUCAAACAUAACCAAUGCUGCAUUGAUAGCCAGGGUAAUGUAUUGUUACAUUUUGCAAAUGAAAAAUAAAGAAAGCAUGUAACUAUAUAUCAGUGAGAGUUCCUAAUGCCAUAUUGAAUGUUGUACCCAAGAUACAAUUAUCUUACAGGAUUUCAGGAGUUUGUAUACAAUGAAAACAUCUUAUUUUAUCAUCAGGCUAGGCUAGGCCAGCAAAAAUAUAAUUUUCACCAUCAAUAAAUUAUAAGCAUGCUGCUGCGCCUUCCAGAGUAGGGACUAAUGUGUGCGGAGGGGGGCUACAGCAAUUUAGAGCUGGGGUUCUGUUACUCUACAUUUUUCAUUCAUUUUGUUAUUGGCUUUUGAGCCUUUUCAUCUAUGAGUCAACUUUGUUUGGCUCGUAAUUCAAAGGUGAAAACGUUUUACAUGUUUUCAUGACUCUGAGACUGACUACAGAAUCUUAGAUAACCCAGUAUCUCUAUAUACCUGUGUAUAUGCAUUUUAUGGGAACAUUUGGUUAAUAGCGCAUACAAAAGGUAUGUACAAUUUUACUAGACAAUCGGCAGAUAGAACAGUUUACUUAUUCGCGUACGCACUCUGCUUUAUUGUUAAGAGGAAAUGUGCGCAUUAUGAGCUUUUUUUCAUUGAAUGCACGUAUAAUUACGUUUCUUCGUUAGCAAAUUAUGUCAUAUGGAAUCUUGUUUUUAACCAUACCUCUAUACAACUAUGUAUAUUGAGUUAAGGUCCAAAGCACUUAUUAGAGGUGGUGGUCAGAAAUUUACUGUAAAUACUUCCUCGUUACAUACUUUUAGCUGGAUACAUAUUUUAUACUGGAUACAUAAGAUAUACGUGAUUUAUAAUUAUCAUACGCACUACAUUAGGUUUUGUAUGAGUUUGAUAUAGGAACUUUACAUAUAAACAUUAUAAUUAUCAAAAGUCUGCAUCCCGAUUCUUGCAUUGUUCUCUUGAGUCUUUGUCCAAUUUAUACUCUUUGAAGCAACAAGUACAAUUUGCGCAGCGUGGCCUCCCUUGAAUUUCCCUUUGUAAUAUCUUAAUGACGGUAAUAUCAGUUGAUUACAGUUGUAGUUGCCUAAAAAAAGAAGCUUCCUUAUCAGCAAUGUCAGUUCUUCUGACCACCGAAUCAUAUUAGUUCUUUUCGCAGUAUCAACGACGUCUUGACGCGUUUAAAUCAAUAUAGAAACCCUUAUCCAAUUAGCCAGGGCGCCGCCAUCUUUCUACAUCCUGGUACUUUAUGACGUCAUGUAGACCAGGUGGACGCCAUUUUGUGUUGUUCUCUUUUUCACACGGAAUCAGCAGGUAUCGGGCCCUUCUUCUCUUCCUGCACACCUGGCGCUGCAGCUGAAUCCACCUGGUAGGCAGGUGGCACCUGGGCCGGAUUCUGGGCCACGAACACCU